UCAGCCGAGGAGAAAUCCGGGAAGGUCACGUUUGGUGAAUCGUAAAACGAUGGGUGCAUCGAGGCCGCGUCAUUGGCUUUUCGCUGCAGUCGUCCUGAGUCUUUUUUCGAGCUUGAUGGCGAGCGAGGUGCGGCGCUUCAGGAACUCCGAUUUCUCGGCUAUCGACGUGCGAAGAGAUGGGGGGAGAUCCAAUCGUACCGGGUUCGUGGCAAUCCGCCGGCGGAGAUACGUACGAUAUCCGACGGGAUCUGCUUAUCUCCUCGAGAGUGGUCCGAUAUCACCCCACGGCAGGAACCUUGGGUCACAUCCGGUCGCGCGUUUCGUUCCUCAGGCUCAAUUCCCCAGUUCGUGGAGGCAGCACAAAUCUCUUUGGGGAACUCCCACGAUCGCCGAUUACAAUAGACCGGUGAUGUCCCAUCGGACGCCGCGAUUGAUAUUUCGCGACAACGAUUUCCUGCCGCCAAUCGGAGGCGGCGCGGGAUCUUUUUUCCAGCAAUCUAAUCAGCUGCCAGAUUUCGAAGAUGACAUUAGAGAUCUCCGGAAACAGACGCCGGAUGAUUACCCCAGAUUGGAAACAGAAAAGACGCGCCAACAAAAAAGACCGCUGUGGAAAGGCGACGAUACAUUGUGCGCGGACGGACGGAGCUGCGAAUUUUUUCUUAUGUGCUGGAUGACUGCUGGCCUAUUGGACGGCAGCUGCGGUGGCAUUAUGUACGCGUGUUGUCAGCGGAAAGACCCUAAAGCUCUCACUGAUUAUAACCUGAUCGAGUCGCCUAGAGAUCAAUCUCGGCCGCUUCCGCUGGAUUUGUACACGGAGACCGCCAGCGACGAUCGUUGCGGCAUACCGGUCGUCUCGAAACAAAUCGCGCAGAGGAGGAUUGUCGGCGGCGACGACGCCGGCUUUGGCAGUUUCCCGUGGCAGGCGUACAUACGGAUCGGUUCCAGUAGAUGCGGCGGUACUUUGGUCAAUCGGUUUCACGUUGUCACCGCUGGGCACUGUGUUGCGAAAGCGUCGGCGCGACAAGUCCAGGUCACCCUCGGCGAUUAUGUAGUGAAUUCCGCGAGUGAAUCUCUGCCAGCUUAUACUUUUGGGGUUCGAGAGAUCAGAGUACACCCUUACUUCAAAUUUACGCCACAGGCGGACAGGUUCGAUGUGGCUGUGCUUCGAUUGGAUCGACCGGUUCAUUACAUGCCUCAUAUAGCGCCUAUAUGUCUACCGGAGAAAAACGAAGAUUUUCUGGGACAAUAUGGUUGGGCCGCGGGAUGGGGUGCUUUACAAGCAGGUUCUAGAUUGCGACCCAAGACGUUGCAGGCUGUAGACGUGCCCGUGAUCGAUAAUCGCCUCUGCGAGCGGUGGCAUCGGUCCAAUGGCAUCAACGUCGUCAUUUAUGACGAGAUGAUGUGUGCCGGUUACCGUGGCGGCGGUAAAGAUUCGUGUCAGGGUGAUAGUGGAGGUCCGUUGAUGUUGGAGAAAACUGGUCGAUGGUAUCUCAUCGGCAUCGUCUCCGCAGGUUACUCCUGCGCGCAACCAGGUCAACCGGGGAUCUAUCAUCGCGUAGCCAAGACCGUUGACUGGAUUACAUAUGUCAUAAAUUCGUAGCGCGUCCUCAAUCGCGGGAGAAUUAUUCUCAGAAGGAUCUUGAGAAUUUUGAGCCGCGAACUUUUGAAUGACACAAAGUUCGGGCAUCCUUCGUGUCGGGAAAUGAUUUCCGAGGUUUAAAUCACGUUUGAGAAAUCAGUGUGACACGAAGACAAAAGCGUUUAACGAAAGGAAUUAAUUUUAAUUGACUUCGAGAGAACGGACCAUGUCUAGCGAAAUUAAAGCCAUUUUAUUUUAUGGGAAUGUAAAAGUAAUUUAGGGUGAAAUCCACGUGUCGUAGACGUUUUCGUAAUAAGCGAUUUCGUGUUUCCGUUAAUAUUGUUUCGAAAGUGAGUAAAGGCUUGACGUUCCCUAUUAAGUGUAAUAUGAUAUUAUAUAAGUAUCUCUAUUGACACAAGCGGGUGGCGCAAGUGUGUUGUAAUUAUAACGUUGUGAAUGUAUUGUAAA